UGUGUAGCCUAACAAAUGUUGUUCAAUUAGCUAUAUUAAUCUAUGAUCAGCACAAUAAAAUGGCCAAAGACAAUUCAAACCAUAGACAAAUCAAUGGUGAAAAUAAUUUUAAUGAAAGACAGGCAAACAGAAAGGGUAGACUAUUGCUUACGUUUUAAUUGCUUGUCAUACCAACGACUGUUUAAAUGUAUUUCCAUUAAUUAAAGGUUUGCACAAAAAUAGGCGUUUUGAUAAAAAAAAAUGUAGUGCAUUGUAAUGCAAAUUCACGAAAUUGUGCAUCUAAAACACAUUCAAAAAGCUUAAAAGUGAACUAAUUCCUUUUGGGGUAUCGAUAGUAGUGCCACAAUGUUUAUAAACCUUGCGUCCUUAUUACACUCUCUCUUUGUCCUCAAUUCACUCCUUUUUUUUUUACUUAAGGCCUAUGCCACUCUUUUUUUAAACUCUCUGAAAAUCUGCUGCAGCCUAUAACUAAAGCUACUGUGUUCGUCCCAAUUUGAAGGAUAUAUAGGCUAAAGGAUAUUUAAACAAGCAAACAUGUUUCGUUAUCACCUUUAGAAAACAUCAAAUCAUACAACUAUUUGGCAGUUGAUUUUUCAAGAAUCAAUGCCGAAAUGUUUGUUUUUGCUUUUGUUGCCUCUAAAUAAAUAAAAAAUAUAUAUUUUGUGGAGAAGCUGUACACAAAAAGCAGACAACACGUAUCAUGAUGGAAUCUAGCCUACAUGUUAUCCAAUUUACAUAACCAACAUCUAGCUGUUGCUACUUUAGGUUUAUUAUCUUAUUUUUUUGCCAGCUCGGUCGCUCACAUUUUUUUCCUAGAACACAUAAUUAAAUAGAACACUAUUUUAAUUAUAGUGACUUUGUGUCCUAGAACUUGUGUCUGUACCCUAUCUGUCCUACUAGAUGGCGCCCUUACUCUGUCCUAGAGGUGAAAAUUCGACAACUUGACCCCGGUGUCGUCAUGGCAGUCUGGUGCGUCAAGGCCACUUUCAAACCCCCAUUGGUCUGAAAUUCACGUGGCAUGCCUCGUACAAUCAUAAUUGUGUUGCUGAUAUUUUUUUAUGCUCCAUGCCCCCAACUCAAAUAUGUCAGCUUCCUACCCCUCUAUAGUCCUUUAGUGGGGCACUGAAGAGUGGUAUCAAAAUAAGAAAGAUAACAAUAAAAUGGAAUGUCCAAAUAGAAUCCCAGCUUCUAACUUCCAUGUGGAACAGUUGGUAGGAGGAUCCUCUGUGUCCAGAGAUGAGGGCUAUUUCGGCAGUUCCGGAAUGUACGCUCAAAGAGUUGCGACCGAGUAUGAGUGUUCGACAGCGAGAAAUUAUGGAAUCGCUUCUUCGCCUCUCUCCAAAGCGGGAGCACAAUCUCCGACAAACACGGCUCUCAGCGCCUACCAUCAACAUCAUUACCUUUCGCAACUAAAUGCUUUUGGGCCUGAGUAUAAAAAUGCAUCCCAGGUAGCACAGCCUGUUAUCCGACCCCUGUUUCCAUAUUCUUUCCCAUCGGACAGUGUGAAGGAGGACUCAAUGUUCUGCCCAUAUAGCGGAGAUCCAAACGGACGCACGGAUACAGUUGUUGGAACUUGUUCCUACACGCGGAUGGCUGAGAGACGCCAUCCCAGUCAAACGCACGAACAUUCUUGUCCGGAAUCCUCGACAGCUAAUCAACGGUACCCAAGGAAAGAGAAGGCGCAUGGCUUCGGAUCAGAAAGUAUCUUCUCUGUGUCCGGAAUUGAGACAGAUAAUCCAGAACUAUUUAACGACACCUGCGAAACCAAUCAGGAGGCGCAUCUGGCAGUGGCAGACAGUAAACUCGAGGAGAAUCACAGUCCCACGAAACAACUGCCUGAGAAAGAGAACGUCCUUAAAACGGACGGUAGCACAGACAACUCAGACAGUGAGGUUAAAGGGGACAGAUUGGAGAAUGUCUUUGGAAACUGGCUCACAGCGAAAAGUAGACGGAAAAAGCGUUGUCCUUACACCAAACAUCAAAUACUGGAACUGGAGAAGGAGUUCUUGUUCAACAUGUAUCUGACACGAGAGCGCCGCUUGGAGAUCAGCAAGAGUAUUGACUUAUCUGACAGACAGGUCAAAAUAUGGUUCCAAAACCGACGUAUGAAGCUCAAGAAAUUCAACAGAGAGAGUCGAGUGAGAGAGCUAACCUCUGCUUAUGACUAUACUUAAACCUUACACCUUAUUUGGAGAGAAAUAAUGUUACGCUUAAGCUACACAUACAGGCUAGGCCUGCACACAUACAGGAGAAAACAUCUAGAGCAGGAUAGAAAUUGUACGCCUUUCAAACAUCUUCACGUUUUUUUCGAGUCCAUGCAUGGUUUUAUGAAAAAUGUAAGUUUCAUGAUUUGACAGUGAAAUGCUAUGAUGCUCUACAGAUGCACAUUGUUUAAAAGCCUGGAUAUUAAAGUGGCACUCCAGACUCCUUUUCACCUCAUUUAACACCUGAUGUGGUUAACAAAAGGCACAUCUCAAUAGGUGGUUCAGGUAUGUCAUGAAAUACAUAGCAAAAGUGGUGGGGGGGUGGGCCUUUCCUCUUUUCUUCUCUAUUGCUCCUCUAUUGUUCCUCAAGCAGGGGGAGGCCGAUGACAUCACGAAUUUCCAUCAGACCAACUCCUUGAAUGCCCUACUUCUUGAAGUUUGCGGUUGUGUCUAGAAAACAUUAUUUUGCUCAAAACUGUUGUUUUUUUUAAACCUGGGGUGUACGUUACUGUAUUUAUACUUGGGAUAUCGCUUUUCAACAGUAAAUGUUACAAAAAUCACGAGAGGAAGUCUUUAAUUGUUUGUGAAAUGUGUCUUAAAGUGACAGUCCUGUGUCUGAAAUGGUGUCCAUUCACUUUGAAUGAAAACGUGUCAUUACUUGGUCUCUUCCUUUUCAUCGUUUCUGUUCUUAUUGUUUUGUGUUUGACUAUUUUGUCAUUUCUGUGAACUUGAUGUCCUGUGCAUUACAGCAUCAAAGUGCAUUAACUUCUAAAGCAUUAUCCCAAGCAUUAUGUUGCUGGACAUUUGUAAAGAUAUCAAAUAAAUGGGUUUGGAGCAUCAUUUACCCUG